GAGCAUACCGACGUCUACAACGACGUGCAUAGUCCUCGGUACUUAGAAAUGACUGGUGUAUACAAAAACGCGAUCGGACAGGUUCUGAAGAGCGUGCCUACACUGAACCGUGUUUACGUUGGGUAUUCCGUUCGAGACUUGAAAAAUCCGGAAAAGAUUAACUCAAGCAAGCCGCAUGGCCUGCUAUUCAACAGGACGUUUGCCGUCAGCUCCGGAAGCAUUACGAAGGAGUUCUGUCAAAGACUGAUCGAAGAGAUUUGA